CACAGGCCUGACAAGGGCAAGGAGUUCAACAUGCCUUCGGACAGUGGGUCCAUGGCGGCGAGCAAGAUGCUUAGGGAUUUCCGGGUGUACAUCAUGACGUGGAACGUGGUGUGCCGUGGGCCCAUCGAGGACCUCCGGUCUGCCCUGGGGCUCGAGCCACCGGUCAUACCAGAGGCCCUGCCUGACAUGUACGCCAUUGGCUUCCAGGAAGUGAGUGCCAGGCCCCAAAACCUGCUGUCUCAGGCAUUCUUCGAAGAACCCUGGAUCCAGGCCAUUCGGAACGCCCUGCACAAGUACAGCUACGUCAAGGUGAAGCAUGUGAGGCUGCAGGGGCUCAUCCUGACCAUCUUCACCAAGCGUGAGCAUCUGAUCCACUUGCGAGGCAUACAGUCAACAUACACCCGCACUGGGCUGGGCGGGGUCUGGGGCAACAAGGGCGGAGUGACGAUCCGCCUGUGUGUCUACGGCUGCUCCAUGUGCUUUGUCAACAGCCAUCUUGCCGCUCACGAAAGCGAAACAUUCCAGCGCGUCACUGAGUAUAACAUUAUUAUAGAGAAGCAGAGGUUUGUGGACGCUCAGGCAACAAAUAUCUUGACUCAUGACUACGCGUUCUGGUUCGGAGACCUCAACUUCCGCGUAGACGACUGCACCAUGGAAGAAAUGAAGGCGUCCAUUGAGAACGGCACAUUCGACCAAAUGCUUCAGAAAGAUCAACUGAAUCGCGUGAGGAGCAAGGGUGAAGCAUUCCACGAAUUCAUGGAGCAUGAAGUCACCUUCCCACCAACCUACAAGUUCCAGAUAGACCGCAUGGGCUACAAUUUCAGCCAUCGCAAGCCAGCGUGGACGGACCGCAUCCUGUUCCGCUUCACCAAGAACGCCUACGAGAAUGUUGCUCUUGAUCUGAAGCAGCACCAGUACGUCAGUCAUGACCUGUACAUCCAGAGCGACCACAAGCCUGUCUCCGGCUUCUUCUCACUCAAGGUGUUUGCCAAGCCGCUGCAACCAAUGAUCCACUUCCUGCCUGUGGGCACCUGGAUCAUCAACCAGGACAGCUUUGCUUGGUACUACACGAGCGCAGACACAGAGCUCAAGUCCUGGGACUGGAUAGGCCUCUACAGGGAGAACUUCAACAGCCUCGAAGACCACUUGGGCUACGUCUGGGCAUCGACACGCCCCACGGAUGUCUACCCAACCCACCUGCGCUACCGACGCAGCCGCUCGCGCUCCUCCCGUGGCAGCCAAUCGCGGCUCUCGCCGGUCAACGCCGUCUCGCCAACCCCCGGCACGGGCAGCGGGGUUAGAGAAGGCUCCCUGCGUUCGUCUCCCAACCUCGAUGCCCUGUCACGCUCACAGUCCCUCGGCCGGCCCCACAAGGUUGACGACACGCCGGACGACCUCGUGGCGCACUCGGACGACGAGCACAGGCGCCGCCCGUCGGCCAAGGAAUCCGUCGUCAUGGCGUCGGCAACCACGGUGACCACCGUGGCGAGCACGACAAAGGCGCCCGGUGGGUCGACCGACCGAUCGAGAGUCAAGGGGUCCUUCGCAGCCGGUGGCUCUUCCAAGAAGCGCCCGGAUGCAAUGGUGACGUGGAAACAGGGAGCGCAAGCGUCCCCCUCGACCUACAACAGCCUGGACGAGGCGGCCGAGGCGACUGGCGUGGGCUCAACCGGCACGCCCACGCCCGAGGUCGGCAACGCGUCUCCCUUCGAGAACAAGACUGGCUCCGACCAGGAAGAGGAGGUGCCGGAGUCCCCCCUGGCCAGGGCACCCCCCCAGUGUGCCCCCUCGGAGACCCCCCAGGGACAGCCCCGGGAGUCCCUCACGGGCCAGGCCCCCAGGGUCCCCCCCUGCCCUCCAGACAAGGUGUUCUACCGCGUCCUCUUCGGAGACCAGACGCUGCUCGUCUCUGGCCGCUACCGGCUGGUCUACCUGCGGGGGCAGUCGGACGUCCUCGGCAUGAGCGAGCCCUUCAAGUUCAUUAAUAAUGUUGAAGUCGAUUCUCAGGGAGCUGUGAGUAUCUCUCGUUUAAGUACAGCUUUUAAGCUUUCAGUAGAGAGUAGUUGCUUUAUAGUAGGCAAAAAAGGGCUUGCCAAUAACACAUUUUCUUUGGCUCCUUGGCUGGCACGUUGGACGAAAGCCGAACUGCACGGUGUUUCUACUUUGUUGCAUGGGUUUAUGCAAAGCAUGAUGCUGCAUGUGCGAAUGCUUGUGUUGCUUGUCUACAGUUUAAUUUUCAUUUGCAGGGACAAUAAUAAGUCACUUCAGUUUCUGGCACGAAAUCUGCUGCAUGUCUUUAUUUGCAACUGAAAUCAAAGUUUGUGCUCUAAACUCUUUUUGUGGCUGUAAUAUGCCCAAGCUGGCUGCACUUGGCACACGUGCAGGAGCAUGUUUGUUUGUUCAAACCCAGAUUUUCUGCAAAUGUACACAUUUGGCAGCAACUUCUUUUUCGACAGCACGGCACACGCUACAACAGUGACUCAUACCCUUGAAAUGGUAUUCAGGUAUGCGCAAUCGCAAAAUUGUGACAGAGUAACAUUUAUGGCCCAUUGAGUGGUUGUAAGGAACUACUAAACAUACUUUCUGCGUUCUGCGACAUUGUCUUUUGUCUUGGGAACAUUACGGAGCCGUGGUGUUGGCUGCUUGCUCUCGCGUCAUGCCAGGCUUGGCGUCAAGGUUAAGACUGUUGAUAGCAGCAGACGACGGGCAUUUUUAAGCAGUUUGCCUCAACUGCAUUCUUGAAGCACAAAGCACAUUAUAUAUAGGGUUCUUCGUUUUCGGGUUUUAUAUUUUUUUCAAUUCGGUGGGAAAAAAUCGGGAGCUAUUUUUCCAGCUGAUGAUCGGGGAGAAAUCGGGUUUUAUGUGAAACAAUUCCUAAGUUCGGGUUUUUCGGUUGAAGUUUAUAAUUUUCUUUAAUCUGUACAUUUGUUUGUUUGUUUUUCUUUUCAAAAUCGGAGGGUAAAAAUUAGGGCUACGUUUCAAGCUGGUAAUCGGGGAAAGAUGAGGGUUUUCUAGAAAAGAUUUUGGAACUCAGGGUUUGUUUGGAACAAGCUUCCAACCACUUCCUCCUCUCCAGCUCGAGAAGAUUUUUCUUGACCUGUCGCUCUCACUAAUAACCAGAGUCCAACCUCUUAUCGCAUCGCAGUGACAUUCUUUCAGUAUUCUUCCUCCCUCUGGAACACCUCCCAUUGAAAAAUGCCACCCGUCUCAGAAUAUUGGCUGUUCCUACCAAAUCACAGUUUUCAGUGCAGUCGUGCCUUUUCCUUCUACUGUGUGCGGUCGAAAACAGAAAAGACCGCUUCAUACAAACUUUGCGGCAAAAUGUUCACAUUAAUGAAAUAUUUGGGGGAUCAAACUACGACACCGACCAAAGUUCACUUUUAGCUAACGGGAUCUACCAAUGUUACCACGAGGUCGGGUAGCUAGCAUGUGUUCUGCAAACAGUAAUCUCGAAAUUUAGGGAGAAAUUGGGUUGAACCCGAUUUUUAAAAAAAAAUGUUUGGGAUGUAAAAAUUGGGCAAAGUCGGGUUUUACCCGAAAACGAAGAACCCUAGAUAUAUAUUGUAACAUUGUGUAUGUUAAGUUCAACAUUUUUCAACAAAUAUAAUAUUAAAAUUAAAAUUUCAAAAGGUGUACCCACCGUUUUUUUUUUGCUUCACGGCCAAAACAAAGUUGUCUCUCCGAGUGCGCCGACGUGCAUGUCCAAGCUGCCAGUGUGUCGUUUUAUUUUGUUUCGUUGUCACCUUACGCAUAACUUGCCUCUUUCUUUUUUUUUUCUCGUGCGAACAUAAGGUGUUUCAUGCAGGAAAAAAUUUACCUGAGCCUGUUUCUUCGUUCCAGAUCAAGGCUGCAGUCAGCUGAAGCGUCCAAGAAGUUGCUUCGAGAGCGGUGCUCGGUGCUCCUUGGAUGCUCGUUCGUGUGCGUCUGCACGAGCACUUGCUGCCUCUUGCAUUUACGGAAAACAGUGCCUGAGACUCCCGUGUACAUAAUAGCGACCCAAACUCCGUUGUUUUCCUGCAAAGUACGGACGGCAGGCCUCUUGCGCCGCAAGACAUGUUGUGCAAUUAAUUUCGCAAAGGAUGCAAAAUGCGAGAGAGAGCAAAGAGCGGUUUUUGCGACGACGAAACUAUGCGGAGUCAUAUUUACGGGGAGAUAUUCCUUUGUACAGGUGGAGGAUAUCAGGUUGUCCAUUCGUUUGUUUGUUUUUAGAGGCGAGGCCUCGUCAAGAUGCACGGCGGUGUCGCACCGGCACUUUCCGCUCAAGUUGGAACGAGAUUUGACCAUACUUUCCAGCCGCAGUUAGCGCCGUCUAAUGCUCGACGUCAAAGCUUUUGAGGUGCAGCUCCGACCUUUCGGCAAAAUCUCCCCGUAGCUCAAUACAGCACUUGGGGUAUAAGCAAUCUUUCCAAAAAGAUAACUGUUGUAUGUGUGUGAUCUCAAGUCUAGCUGAGCGAGAUUGCAGAUUUGAUGAACUCUAAUCAGCAGACCUAAGGUUCACAAUAUUUGUCGCGAAUUAUGCAACUUGCAGCAAUGUACAUAUCCCUACUUUUAUCGCCGAUUAGCGAUUGUAAAUAUGUGAUCUAUUGCCUAGUUUUAAUAAGCUUUUUCUUGACAAAUGAGGAUAGGCAUUUCUCGGUGUAGGCUCACAUUCUGUUGGCUCGAGGGUUUGCCAAAGUCUUUGAAGUAAUUGGUGGCGCGACGUGUGCCCUUGGCCAGAGAAGAUUCCCAAGUAAUGAAAUGUGCACAAUUCACCUGCGCACAGUUUAUUGUGAUAUUUUGUACCGUAUCGUUAAAGCACACCUAGUUAUGUAUGAUACCUGUUUACUGGAUAUAAUAAAAGUUGCCAAUGAGAA